CCGAGAACUGCUGACCGAGCGUCAUGUAACCUACCAAAAUAUAUCGCACCUGAGGAGAAGACGGUUUAAAACAGCACCUAGGUGUUGACGGCAGUCUUCGUCAACGCCGCCGGAAACGCUCAGAGGCAGCAGGGACGAGGGCGACGAGAAGAAGUCCGGCAGCCGCAGAGGCAUCGAGAAUGACGCACCAGAUGCUGCAUCCACAGCUCGCAACUCGACGAGCGGGGAUCAAGCAAAAGGGGUCACUCAAGAUCCAUGGGGAGACGGGUCGGAGGAUCCCUACCGUGUGGCGCUGGAUGAGACGGACUCCCCAAAACAUAUGGCAAUAGGCAAGAAGUGGCUGAUCGUGCUUGUCAUCAGUUCGUCCGCACUUUGCGUGACAUGUGCAUCUUCUAUAGCUUCUUUCUCCGAAACUGGGAUCGCUCAAUCGUUCCAUGUCUCUCGCGAGGUCACAAUCCUGUCCAUUAGUCUUUUCGUUGAGGGGCUUGGGAUAGGGCCGUUACUAGUUGGACCACUUUCCGAAGUGUAUGGAAGGAACAUAGUCUAUCGCGUUUCAUAUCUUCUGUUCUUCGCGUUCACUUGGCCCAUCGUAUUCGCCCCUAACAUCGCCGUGUUCUUGGUCUUUCGAUUCAUAACGGGAUUCUGUGGAUCCGCUUUUUUGAGUGUGGCCGGCGGAAGCGUGAGUGACCUGUUCGAUAAUCGUUCAGUCGCGAACCCAAUGGCAGUAUACACGAUGUCUCCAUUCAUCGGGCCCGUGCUAGGACCCUUAGUGAGCGGGUUCAUAAAUCAGAAUGUAAACUGGAGAUGGACAUACAGAGUCCUCAUCAUGUGGAUAUUUGUACAGACGUUCGCAUUAUACAUUCUUGUACCUGAGACAUAUGAACCAGUCCUGACCAAGCGUAAAGCAGCUAGGCUGCGAAAAUCAACGGGCGAUCAGAAUUACUAUGCACCCUUGGACAAGAAGGACGUGAGCGUGUGGAAGUCAAUUGAGGUUUCUUGCUAUAAGCCGUUUCAACUACUGCUCUAUGAUCGCAUGGCUUUAUUACUGGAUACAUGGAACGCUCUUAUCCUUGGCAUCCUCUACCUCGCAUUCCAAGCCUUUCCUUUCAUCUUCGAAGAUAACCAUGGAUUUUCGCCCGAAUUCACCGGCUUGACCUUCUUAGGAAUCGGCAUUGGUAUGUUCAACGCCCUUGCAACGCAGUCCUUCUGGAAUAGUCUCUUUGCCCGCAAGGCUGCAGAAUAUGGAGACCACCCUCCGCCAGAGAUCCGUUUGAUAAUGGGUCAAGUUGGUGGAGUACUGGCACCAAUAAGCUUGUUCUGGUUGGCAUUCACGACAUAUCCUCACGUUCACUGGAUAGUACCUAUCAUCGCAUCGGUCCCCUUCGGCACCGCCAUAUACUUCAUCUACACUUCGACUUUCACGUAUCUGGUGACCGCGUACCGACCUAUAGCCGCCUCUGCAAUGGCUAGCAACAGUUUCCUACGUUCCGCAUUCGCGGCCGUCUUCCCGUUAUUCGCAACGCCAAUGUAUAAUAGGCUGGGGACGGUUGGCGCGACCGCGUUGCUCGCGGGCUUGACUGCACUGAUGGCUCCAUUACCGUUCAUAUUUUAUCGGAUCGGUGGUAGACUAAGGGAAAAGUCUCCGUUUGCUGCGUGA